UGCUGGUCUGUGACGAGCAUCGACAAUAAAUCCGAGGAGCAGGAGGAGGAGGUGGCCGCCACCAGUUAUCAGCGGCGUCCCGCAGCCUACUCGCCGAGCGCGGUGCAGGGGCAGCGAGCCCGAAGGCUCUGCCGCUGCUCCCGGUGGCACCUUUCCUUCCCUGGCAGUGAUCUGCGGCGGGCAGGAUGCACUACGCAAAGCAAAUAGUUAAAGAUUUCGGGGGGAGGAGCCAGGCCGCAAUCCGCAAUUAAAGAUGAACUUUGGGUGAACUAAUUUAUCGGACCAAGGUAGGGUGGGCAGCAACCUGGGAAGGGUAUAAAAGGCGGCCCGCGGCGAGCCCGGCCCGCGCACUCGGAGCUCCCAGGGGGCCAGGCGGGACUCGCUCCCCAGUCAUGGGCUUCUCUGUCCUGGUCGCCAGCGCCCUGUGCACCUUCCUGCUGCCCCUGCUGCUGUUUCUAGCCGCCGUCAAGCUCUGGGACUUGUACUGCGUGAGCAGCCGCGACCCCAGCUGCCCGCUCCCACUGCCCCCGGGCACCAUGGGGCUCCCCUUCUUCGGGGAGACGCUGCAGCUGGUGCUGCAGAGGCGGAAAUUCCUACAGAUGAAGCGCAGGAAAUACGGGUUCAUCUACAAGACUCACCUCUUCGGGCGGCCCACGGUGCGGGUGAUGGGCGCCGAGAACGUGCGGCACAUCCUGCUGGGCGAGCACCGGCUCGUCUCUGUGCAGUGGCCCGCCUCGGUGCGCACCAUCCUGGGCUCGGGCUGCCUCUCCAACCUCCACAACGGGCAGCACAAGCACCGCAAAAAGGUGAUCAUGCGAGCCUUCUCCCGGGACGCCCUGCAGCACUACGUGCCCGUCAUCCAGGAGGAGGUGAGCGCCUGCCUGGAGCGAUGGCUGGGCGCCGCCGGGCCCUGCCUGCUGGUGUACCCCGAGGUGAAGCGCCUCAUGUUUCGUAUUGCCAUGAGGAUCCUCCUGGGCUUCCAGCCCCGCCAGGCCAGCCCCGACGGCGAGCAGCAGCUUGUGGAGGCCUUCGAGGAGAUGAUCCGCAAUCUAUUCUCCCUCCCCAUCGAUGUGCCGUUCAGUGGGCUCUACCGGGGCUUGCGGGCACGCAACAUCAUCCACGCCAAGAUCGAGGAGAACAUCCGUGCCAAGAUGGCCCGUAAGGAGCCCGAGGGUGGCUAUAAGGAUGCGCUGCAGCUGCUGAUGGAAUACACACAGGGCAAUGGGGAGCAGCUAAACAUGCAGGAGCUGAAGGAGUCUGCCACAGAGCUGCUGUUUGGGGGCCAUGAAACCACUGCUAGUGCUGCCACAUCACUGAUUGCCUUCCUAGGGCUCCACCACGAAGUCCUGCAGAAAGUGAGGAAAGAACUGCAGGUGAAGGGGUUACUGUGCAGUUCCAACCAAGAGAAGCAGCUGGACAUGGAGGUCUUGGAGCAGCUGAAGUACACGGGCUGUGUCAUCAAAGAGACCCUCAGGCUGAGCCCGCCUGUUCCUGGAGGAUUUCGAAUUGCACUCAAGACCCUUGAGUUAAAUGGCUACCAGAUCCCUAAAGGUUGGAAUGUUAUUUACAGUAUCUGUGAUACCCACGAUGUGGCAGAUCUCUUUACCAACAAGGAAGAAUUUAACCCGGAUCGCUUCAUGUCUCCAUCUCCAGAGGAUUCCUCUCGGUUCAGUUUCAUUCCUUUUGGUGGGGGCUUGAGGAGCUGCGUGGGCAAAGAGUUUGCAAAAGUCCUUCUAAAAAUAUUUACAGUGGAGUUGGCUCGGAGCUGUGACUGGCAGCUGCUGAAUGGACCUCCUACAAUGAAAACGGGCCCCAUAGUGUACCCUGUGGACAAUCUGCCUACCAAAUUCACAGGUUUCAGUGGCCAAAUCUGAGAGUUCAACAUUUGCCUCUGACUGGAUUUCUAUAUAGCAUCUAAUAUGUACAUAGUAACUUUUUAUAGUAACAAAGACCUUUAAAUAUUUAAACUUGUAAAUGUACAAUAGUUAUUUAUGUCUUCUAAAUAUUUUGAAAGGCUAUGAUAUUUUUUUUCCCCAAGCACUACAAUUAUGGGUCUCUGAUUCAUAAUUAGAUAAUGUUAUUUCUAUAGAAAUAAGUUUUCCCCUAUUUAAAAAUCUCAUUGAAAGCUGGCCAGCUAAGCAUUUUAAGAUAUUUCAGGAUGGCAUAUGUAAUAAGAAAUAUUCUAAAAGCAUUCAAAAAAAUGGUAACUAACUACUCAUGCAAGUUACCUGAAAUGGUUAUUGUUUGAGAAUGUUUUCAGUAUUAUUUGUGUCUAGAUCUUAUGUUUAUUGUGUGAAUUUUAAGUUUGGUAAUAAAGUUUAUUUUUUAUGA